AUGGCACAACGUGGAAGAGUUGACCGUGCUCCUGGAGUAGCUGCCGCUCAUGCCCAUCCACAUGUCCGUCAGUUAUAUGAACUAAUGUACAAUGGUGGUGCAGUUGGCACCGUAACGUUAAGGCAAGACCUCCCGCGUCAUGGGUCGAUCGAUCCAAGUAAUGUUGUGUGCACACUGGUCGAGUUAUAUCAGGCAAUACCGGGUGAUAUUCCGUUGAUCAAGACUCAUUCUAUUGCAGGAUGGGUGUUUCUGAAUGAGGUAGAACCAGGAAACUUGAUAGUUUGGGGAAAGAAUGACAUGCGGCCCAUUGUAGAUCCGAUGGAUAUUGCAGCGCAUCAGGAACAAGCAGCAUUAUUGAGCGGAGUUGGUUAUGGGCAUUGGUCAGAACUUGAAGAUGUUGCUGCUGCUGCUGCUGCUGCUGCUGCAGGAACAGCUCCUGUCACAAAUGGGACCCAUUCGCAUGCCUCGAGUUCAGAUUCGCAUGUAGGGUCGAUUGUUGGGGGUCGUGGGAGUGGUGAAUUGGCACAUCAUUCGCAUCAGCACCAGCAUGCCCAUGAGCACCGACAUAAUGGACUUGGUAGCAUAGCACGUUUUGAUUCUGCACCUCCAGGUAUAAUGGAGUUCCAAUCACCAGAACAAGUCAAGGAUUACAUACAAAGAAUAUAUGCCUUUCAAGAGAGAAUUGGAAUCGUUUGCUUGAAGACUAAGGAUUACAAAAGCAAAGUGACCAGAAUUGAUUUCGGAUGUGAGUUUUAUGGUACUCGUGCAGGUAAAUCUGCAACCCCAAACGAACCUUCACCAGGAAGUGGAACUAAUAAUGGUGAUUCAGAUGAGCAUAGGACCCGAUCCACACACCAUCUUGGUAGUGGAACCAAGAGAUGCCCAUUUUUCAUAAGAUAUCGGUACCAAUCUGCAAAGGACAACUACUACCUAGACGAAGCAUGCUCAAACCUAGAUCACGAUCAUGACAGAGUUGAUGUAUGGAAUUACAACACAAAUAAGAGAUUGUUAAUCAAGGAAUAUAAAAGACAGCUUGUCCAGCUCAUGUCCACAAGCGACAAUGUCUCUUCUGGUGACGUCAUCCGUUUAUUGGUCUCUGAAGCUAGUAAGGACGAUCUCUAUAAAGGUUACUUCUCUAAUAACACUAGGAAAAAAGAUUUUGCUAAAGCAAUGAGGAAGAACUGUGAGUACUUCCGCAGGUCAUACUUAGAUAAGAGAGGCUUUGAUGGCCAAGUUACUUGA